CACAAUUACCAGGCAGACUGCACCCAGCCCCUCCUGGGGGCCGGGGCAUAAAUGGCCUGGUGGAGCCAUCACGCUCAGCCCGGCCAUGCACGACCCCAGCCGCCAGCAUCGUGCGCCCGGCUUCCCCAGCCCCAGCGUGCGCGAGGCAGCUUCCAUGUACGGCACUGCAGUGGCCGUCUUCCUGGUCAUCCUGGUGGCCGCCCUGCAGGGCUCGGUGCCCCCCGAGAACCCCUUCCCCUACCGCAUCUUCCUGGACCCCCAGGGUACGCUGGAGCUCUCCUGGAACGUCAGUUACGUCCAGGAGGCCGUGUACUUCCAGCUCUUCGUGCGUGGGCUCAAGGCAGGGUUGCUGUUCGGGAUGUCGGACCGUGGCGAGUUGGAGAAUGCUGACCUCGUUGUGCUGUGGACCAACGGCAACAGCGCCUACUUUGCCGAUGCCUGGAGUGACCGGAAGGGGCAGAUCCACCUGGACACCCAGCAGGACUACCAGCUGCUGCAGGCACAGGGCACACCGGACGGCCUGUCCCUGCUUUUCAAGAGGCCCUUUGGCACCUGCGACCCCAAAGACUACUUCAUCGAGGACGGCACCGUCCACUUGGUCUAUGGGAUUCUGGAGCAGCCCUUCUCUUCGCUGGAGGCCAUCAACACCUCAGGCCUGCAGACCGGGCUGCAGCGGGUGCAGCUGCUGAAGCCCGAGCUCCCCGUGCCAACGAUGCCCGCAGACAUGCGCACCAUGGAGAUCCGGGCCCCCAACGUCCUCAUUCCUGGCCAGGAGACCACGUACUGGUGCUACAUCUCUGAGCUGCCCCCAGGAUUCCCCCGGCACCACAUCGUCAUGUAUGAGCCCAUCGUCACCAAGGGCAACGAGGCCCUGGUGCACCACAUGGAAAUCUUCCAGUGUGCCGGUGGCUUCGAGAGCUUCCCACACUUCAGCGGGCCCUGCGACUCCAGGAUGAAGCCCAACCGCCUCAACUACUGUCGCCACGUGCUGGCUGCGUGGGCGCUGGGCGCCAAGGCGUUCUACUACCCAGAGGAGGCCGGCCUUCCAUUUGGGGGCGCAGGGUCCUCCCGAUUCCUCCUCCUGGAAGUCCACUACCACAACCCACUGAAGAUCCAAGGCCGGCGCGACUCCUCAGGCAUCCGCCUGUACUACACGGCCACACUGCGCCACUUUGACGCCGGCAUCCUGGAGCUGGGCCUGGUGUACACGCCUGUGAUGGCCAUCCCGCCGCGGGAGCCCGCCUUCGUCCUUACCGGCUACUGCACCGACAAGUGCACCCAGCUGGCCCUGCCCGCCGCUGGGAUCCACAUCUUCGCCUCUCAGCUCCACACGCACCUGACUGGGAGGAAGGUGGUCACCGUGCUGGCCCGGGAUGGCCGGGAGCUGGAGGUCGUGAACAGAGACAACCACUACAGUCCACACUUCCAGGAGAUCCGCAUGUUGAAGAAGGUCGUGUCUGUCCUUCCAGGGGAUGUUCUCAUCACUUCCUGCACGUACAACACAGAAGACAGGAAGUUGGCCACUGUGGGGGGCUUCGGGAUUCUGGAGGAGAUGUGCGUCAACUACGCGCACUACUACCCUCAGACGCAGCUGGAGCUCUGCAAAAGUGCUGUGGACGCUGGCUUCCUGCAGAAGUAUUUCCACCUGGUGAACAGGUUCAACAGUGAGGAGGUGUGCACCUGCCCGCAGGCCUCUGUGCCACAGCAGUUCGCCUCAGUGCCCUGGAACUCCUUCAGCCGCGACGUGCUGGCCGCCCUGUAUGGCUUCGCGCCCAUCUCCAUGCACUGCAACAAGUCCUCGGCCGUGCGCUUCCAGGGUGAGUGGGAUCUGCAGCCCCUGCCUGAGAUCAUCUCCACCCUGGAAGAGCCCACCCCACAGUGCCCAGCCAGCCAGGCGCAGCACCCUGCCGGCCCCAUCGUGCUCAGCAUCGGCCACGGUAGAGGCUGAGGGGGGCCCUGUCCCUGAUCCCUGCUUCCUGCCAUCCCCCUGGCUCACACUGGUCCUGUGCACCCUACCUGAAGACCCCGUGGAAACUCCGUCACAGCGUGGCCAAGCAGGUCCGUGGGAC